AGAAGAGAACUGAUAAAUCUGCAGUAUCUGGUGCUAUUAGACUACAUAUUAGUGUAGAGAUCAAGGGAGAGGAGAAAGUUGCACCUUACCAUGUACAAUACACCUGUCUACACGAGAACCUAUUCCAUUAUCUGUGUGAGCAGGCUGGUGGUCAGGUGAAACUACCAGAGGUCUCUGGGGAUGAGGCUUGGAAAACAUAUUUUGAUGACCCUGCUCAAGAAAUCGUUGAUGAGUUUGCUAUGAGAUAUGGAAUCGAAUCUAUAUACCAAGCUAUGACUCAUUUCUCAUGUUUAUCAGCCAAGUACAUGUGCCCAGGUGUGCCAGCUGUAAUGUCUACCUUACUCGCCAAUAUCAAUGCCUUCUAUGCACAUACAACCACCUCCACCGCUGUCUCUGCAUGCGACAGGUUCGCAGCCUCCAACUUUGGCAAGGAGAAGUUCAUCAAGCUGCUGGAUCAGCUGCACAACUCACUGAGAAUAGACCUGUCUGUCUAUAGGAAUACAUAUCCCGCCUCCGACCCCGCUCGUCUCAAGGAUUUGAAAUCUACUGUCGAUUUACUUACCAGUAUUACAUUCUUCAGAAUGAAGGUUCAAGAACUCUCCAGUCCCCCAAGAGCCAGCAUAGUUGUAAAAGACUGUGUAAAAGCAUGUAUGAAAUCAACAUACCAGUUCCUCUUUGACAAUUGCUAUGAACUUUACCAAAGAGAAUUCCAAACUGACCCCAAUGAAGAAAAGAAGGAGGGAGAACAACAGGGUCCAAACUCCAAGAGUCUAGAGUUUUGGCAUAAGUUGAUUGCCCUCUGUGUGUCUGUGAUUGAGGAAGAUACCAAUAGUUAUACACCAGUUCUAAAUCAGUUCCCAGCUGAGCUGAAUGUAGGACAUGAGAGUGCUGCAUCUAUGUGGAGUUUGCUUGCACAAGAUCUGCAGUAUGCACUUCAGGACCAUGAGAAAGACAGACUAUGCAAAAGUUCAGAGUAUAUGAACCUCCAUUUUAAAUGCAAGUGGAUGUAUAACAAGUAUAUCUGUAAGGUCCCUCCUUAUAAGGGAGCUGUUCCAGAAUACCCAGCUUGGUUUAUCCCAUUUGUGAUGCAGUGGCUGAACGAGAAUGAUGAAGUGUCAAUGGAAUACCUUCAUGGUGCUUAUGACAGGGACAGGAAAGAUGGGUUCCAAAAGAGCUCAGAGCAUGCUCUCUUCUCUACAUCAGUGGUGGAUGUCUUUACACAGCUCAAUCAGUGCUUCGAUGUCAUUAAGAAACUUGAAUGCCCAGAUCCUGAGGUUGUCAAGAGAUAUAUGAAACGUUUUGCCCUGACUAUUGAGAAAGUUCUACUUGCAUAUGCUGAAAUAGUACAGCGGGACUUCUCUCACUUUACUAGUGACCAAAAAGUGGCAUGUAUUUUGAUGAACAACAUCCAACAACUUAGAGUGCAGCUUGAGAAGAUGUUUGAGGCAAUGGGAGGUGGAAGUUUAGAUGAAGAUGCAUCAUUUGUGUUAAAAGAGCUCCAACAGAAGCUGAAUGGAGUAUUAGAUGAACUGUCUGUGAUAUUUGCCAACAGCUUAGAACCUCAGAUCCAACAGAGCAUGCAGGAGCUAGGCAAACUCCUACAACAGGUCAAAGGUCAAGGGCAGGUCAGUCUAAAUCAACCGAGUCAGCGGAAUGACAUCCAACAACAAAGUGAUAAUGUCCUAAGGCCCCUAAUGGACCUGCUGGAUGGGAGUUUGUCGAUGUUCGCUCAAGUGUGUGAGAAAACUGUGCUCAAGAGAUUACUAAAGGAGCUUUGGAGGAUUGUUAUGCAUACAAUGGAGAAGACAGUUGUGCUCCCACCCCUCUCAGACCCCAGACAGGGUCUGCCAUCUUCUGCAUCUUCAUUUAACUUCAAGAACCUUUCUGCAGAGAAAGCCACUCAAAUUCUCAAGGACAUCUCGAAAGAGGCUGAAAAAAAUCUUAGCCCAAAACAAUGUGCUGUAUUAGACAUGGCUCUAGAUACAAUCAAGCAGUACUUUCAUGCUGGUGGUAAUGGACUGAAGAAAACUUUCUUGGACAAAAGUGCUGAGUUGCAGUCUCUUCGUUAUGCAUUGUCCUUAUACACACAAACUACGGACACCCUGAUCAAGACCUUUAUUAGCACACAAACCACACAGGACCAACCAAGUGUAGAAGAUCCAGUUGGCGAAGUGUCAAUCCAGGUGGAUCUCUUCACACAUCCAGGAACAGGGGAGCACAAAGUCACAGUCAAAGUUGUGGCUGCAAAUGACCUGAAAUGGAAUACUUCUGCCAUGUUUCGGCCAUUUAUUGAGGUGAAUUUGAUUGGUCCUCACUUAGCUGAUAAGAAACGAAAGCACACAACAAAAUCAAAGAGUAACAACUGGUCACCAAAGUUUAAUGAAACAUUCCACUUUAUAAUUGGCAAUGAAGAAGAGCCAGACAGCUACGAACUUCACAUAUGCUGUAAGGACUAUUGUUUUGCUCGUGAGGACCGCCUUAUUGGAGUUGCUGUGAUGCAGCUCCGAGACAUUGUCGAGCAAGGAAGCUGUGCCUGCUGGUGCAGCCUGGGAAGGCGGGUACAUCUCGAUGAGACAGGGUGGACAAUACUGAGAAUCUUAUCUCAGAGGACUAAUGAUGAAGUCGCCAAGGAAUUUGUAAAAUUAAAGUCUGAAUGUCGUCACCCAGAAGAUGUAGGGUGAAUACAGUGCCCUCUUUUGGUGAUUUAUGCCAGUGGUUGUGGUUUACGAGUGCCUAUAUUAUGUUAUACAGCUGUGAUGUUACAUUAUACAGCAACAUACAGCCAUGUUGUCACAAUGUACAGCCAUCAUGUCAUAAACAGCCAUUAUGUAACAAUAUACAGCCAUGACAUCAUAA